AUGGAUGAGAAAUGGAAGCUGCCAAAGAAGCACCAAGAAGGCACUUCGUCUUCUUCUUCUUCUUCUUCCAAGUUUGCAUUCACAAGGAGUUCAUCAACAAGAAGCCAGUCUUCAAAUGCUCCUCUUUUGAUGAGGACCUAUUCACAGAAGAGCAAUGCCUCUACUUCCAAGUGUCCACUUCCCAGAAGUACGUCACAGAAAAGCUCUAAAAUCAGCAGAAAGUGUAGCAGCCUUGCCAAGGAACAGAAGGCUAGAUUCUACAUCAUGAGAAGAUGUGUUGCUAUGCUUGUUUGUUGGCAUAAGCAUGGCGAUUAA